AUGGACCCCCUUCCGGAUGGUAUGAAGCAGAUCUAUGAGUGGGAGAACACCUAUAUUAUGGAGCCUAAGGAGAAUGAACGGUUCAUACCGAAUAAAGUGCGAGCAGUGUGCGAGCGUGCGAUGAAGGCCAAGUUGGAGGACCAGGAGUAUGUGGGUGAGGAGGAGACCAAGCAAUGGGUAUUGGAAUUGUGUGCUGAGAUAAAGGACGGCGUUAAGGAGCAGUGCAAUGUACCUAGACACAAGAUUAUGGUUCAGGUUGUCAUUGCGAAGAACGAGGGCCAGGGCAUACGAGUGUGCAGUAAAGGAUUGUGGGAUGAGUCCAAUGAUAACUGGACAUCUUAUACCUUCCAAAGUGUUCAGAAGCAUAACAUCUCGCUUCGUAAAUGCGAGGUAUAUGCUACUUUAAAGGAGUUUAUGUAUAUGGCCUUGGAUAUUGGUGAGACCCCAUUGGAGCUGAGUUGCAACACUAUCCCUAAGAUGGGCGUCCCCGAGGCUCGCUCAACACAUGAUUCUAUUGGCAACAGGGAUUUCCCCUUUGGCUCACUAGAUGAGCUUGUUGGUGAUGGAGAGGAGGAGGAGGUGGUGGACGGUGUUGCCGUAGGGUCUGCUCGAGGAGCCUUGACGGAUACCGAGCGAAUGGCAGGGAUCAACCAUAUGCUAUUGUCGUUGGGCUUACCACAGAUGAGUCUGCAAGAUAGUGGGAGCGUGGUGAAGGCGGUGAGCUCUCUGCUGGGUAUACGAGAGCAGGAGAGUAGACGCCGAAGGGAUACUGAGGAGAAGUUGGCGCGGAUUCAGUCCGACAACAAGAUGCUUACGGCGAAGGUCAAGCGGCUGGAAGAAAGAGUUGCCUCUGCCGGAGAUCGGGUUAAAGAGGCCGAGGCUCGCCUCCGUAGGGCUGAGAAGGAUUUUCGACAUAAACUUAGCGGAGCGAUGCAGGAGAGAGAGUGCGCCUUUGAUUGGGAGAGGACGGCUCAUCAGUACCGAGGCAGGGACCGACAGAAAGAAGUGGAGAAUAGGAAGCUGGCUCAGGACAAUAGUCUAUCGUCCUUUGGGUACGUCAAAUUGCAGCGUCAGGCAUCUGAAAGACUCGUUGAGAAGAGGUCUAGGCUCUCGUCUGGUGCUGCUUCGGAUAAGCGCACGAGCUGUCCACCUAUGGUCGCUUCUGAUCUGGAAAGCAGUGACGGCCCGGCUGAUCCGGCUCGAGGCCCCGAUGGUAUAGGGAGGAGGAUGAGGAGCCCAGCAACGGCAUUCAGAUUACCUACUAGUGCUGCUUAUUCGAAGUAUGGGGGAAGGGCCUCGGUCAGUGAGGACCGUGAUGAGGGUGAGGGUCCUCAUCCUAGUAGAGAGUGGCCCAUCGAGGAGGGCGACUUCGUGACUUCCAUGGACCUUACGCUGAAUGGGUCCAGCAGUAGAGGGUUGUCUCCCGAGUCGAUCCACAGAGACCUCCUUGCUGAACAUCCUGCUGCUGCUGCUGCUACCGGAGCCUGGGCCAUGUUUGAUCCUCUUACCAGCAUCUACCCCAACACCACUGCUCUAGACGAUGCAGGCUCAGUGUAG